ACAAGUCCUCACCAAGAUGGCGAGCGCUCGGCGGAGGAGGUGAAGGAGAAGGAGAAGGAGAGCGAGUGCGGCUGACACCGCGAGUUCGAGACGGGCUGAGGACUUAUUAAACUCACUCUCACCCUUACCGCACCCUUUGAAUGACAUGGCCUGUGCCCUGGAUGAUCCAAGCUUAGAGCACAACUUUAAAGGUCAUAAAGAUGUAGUUACAAGUGUUGAUUUUAAUCCAAACAACAAACAACUGGCAACUACCUCAUUUGAUAAGCACCUUAUGAUAUGGAACUUGAAACCUCAAACUCGAGCCUACCGAUUUACAGGACACAGGGAUGUUGUGAUGUGCGUCCAGUUCUCUCCAUCAGGUCACCUGGUGGCAUCUGCUUCACGAGAUAAGACUGUUAGACUCUGGACUCCAAAUAUUAAAGGUGCAUCAACUGCAUUCACAGCCCACAGUGCCACAGUUCGCAGUGUGAACUUUUCCAGCGAUGGGAAUUUCCUGGUUACAGCAGCCGAUGACAAAUCAGUAAAGGUGUGGAAUGCUCAUCAGCAGCGGUUUUUGUUGUCCUUUAAAGAGCACAAUAACUGGGUGCGAUGUGCAAGGUUCUCCCCAGAUGGAAGGCUUAUAGUUUCCUGUAGUGAUGACAGAACUAUUAAGAUCUGGGACACAGUAAGCAGAGAAUGUAUCAAUACUUUUACAAGUCAUGGAGGGUUUGCAAACUUUGUGGACUUUAACCCCAGUGGCACAUGUGUAGCUUCAGCAGGAACUGAUAAUACUGUGCAACUUUGGGAUAUCCGGAUAAGCAAACUUCUACAACACUAUAAAGUCCACAGUGCUUCAGUGAACUGCUUAUCUUUCCAUCCUUCUGGUAACUACCUUAUUACUGCAUCCAGUGACUGUACUCUCAAGAUCAUGGAUUUAUUGGAAGGACGACUAUUUUACACACUCCACGGACACCAGGGUCCUGUAAUUGCAGUGGCAUUUUCUAGGCAAGGCGAAUAUUUUGCUUCUGGUGGAAGUGAUGCACAGGUAUUGGUAUGGAAGACACAUUUUGAUAGUAUUCCUUACACAGAAGCCUUGAAACGCAAUAUUAUGAGAACAAAUCCUGAUCCCCCUCCUCACAUUACUGACAUUCACCCAAGAAUUCCUCACCGGCAUACUACCAGAUCUCAAACUAUACAGAUCAAUCCCAGGACUGAUGUAGCUGACAUGCAGACAUCCAAUCCUCUGGUGAUGGACGUUGGAGCAGGCUUUGUCUCUAAUCACCAGUCAAGACCGGUGGAAACAAACUGGGGUUCUCUUUCAACGGACCAGGUGCACAGAUCUAUUGAUCCUCCUUUGAUUCCAGCUAGCUCGCAUAGAAUGUGCCCUGCUAACAGUGAACCCGCAAGCCACUCUCAGGGGAACAACAUGGGUGUCUCGUCAGAACUCACCCGAACAUUGGGGCACAUUGUAGACCAGCUGGACAUUUUAACCCAGACUGUAUCGAUCUUAGAACAGCGUCUAACAUUGACUGAAGACAAACUCCAGGAGUGUCUAGACAACAAAAAGACUGCGCUGCAAGAAAGGCCACCAUAGUUAAAGUUAAAAGUUGCAAGCGAUCUACAUUUUGAGCCGCCUGACUUUCUAUUUUAAGUAAGACUUCAACAUCAAGUUUUUCCAUACUUACGUGGAUUCCACGUGGGAGACUAUUGGAUCCUGGCACUGAGAGAGUGAAACAGCUUCUACCAAACCUUUAUACCAAUUAAUUAACCUGUUUGAUAUCCGUGUCCAUAAUGCUUUGUAAUUUUGAUUUAAACUGAAUAUAUGGAGUGAAUUGAAGACUUGAGUGCUUCUCAAUCAUGACUUUUCCUUCUCAGUAUUGAUCACCUCCUCCAUAUGGAGAAUACAAAACUAUUUGUUGUCUCAUAUAAUGCACGCAAGACUCCAUAUUCUGAUGCACAUAAUCAAGGAGAAAUCUAAAGUGCACCUGAGUGUAAAUAAUUUUCCAUAUGUUUCUACACAACUACUUGAAAAAUUCAUUUUGAAAUUUUAUGUAUUGAUUUGUAAGUCAAAUUAAUGAAAGAUUUUGUAUUAAGUGUCAUAAGCUAGUGGUGUUUCCGUAAAACACUUCCUUUUUAUGCGACUUUUAUAAUAAAAAUGUGCUAUCGUGAAAUACAUUUCCAGAGAAGCA